AUGUGGAAGAACUGGAACUUGCAGAUACCCAAUUCAGGGGUUUCGAAGAAUCGUGUUCAAUCCGUUCAAGCAUCUGCGACUUCAUUUGGGUCUUGGAAGGUUUGGUUUAUUUACAUGAACAAGGGGUUAUUCAUCGGGAUAUUAAGGGGUGUUGUUAAAUUGGUGGAUUUUGGGGUUUCCAUGAAGCUAACAGAGGCACAUGUUGAUAUGCAUUUUGUUGUUGGCUCACCUUACUGGAUGGCUCCCGAGAUGACCAUUUUACCCUUCAGGGAUGUGGAAAUGACAGAGAAGCUAGAUUACUCAUCUGUAGCAGCAAUACUAAGAGCUUUCAUUAUAAAAAGUGAAGCUACACGUGUCAUGGUUGCAGCUCCUUUAAUCGCCUUUGUAACUACCCACAUCCUUUAUUUAAACUGCUACCAAUUUGACUUCUCAGAUCAUGGUUAUAGUUCUGGUACCUUUUUCAGUUUUGAAGAUGAUCCUUAG